AUGUCUUGGCUCAAUCGAGAUGGGUUGAAUGACUUUCAAUUUGCUAAAUUGAUUCUAUCAGUUUCUCAGGAUUUUUCUGGCUCAUUAACAAAAGCAUAUACCUCUGAAGGGUUUACAAAAUAUCACUGGUCUUUAUCUCGGUCCUCUUUUUUGAUUAUAUACCAACUCUUAUUCUCUACAGACAGACAAAUAAUGUCAUUACAUCUAUCUGUUCUCAUGUUUAACUUUAUUGUAAUAAACAAAUGGGCCAAGAAGGCGUGCCGCAGCAAGCAAUGGAAUACAGUAGGGGUCGAUUGCACCAGGGGUGGACCAAUGGAUGUUCGAAAGGAAUAA